AUGAUCUAUUCGGGUCUCAAGCAAAGCCACCUCCGGUCUCACAGCUCUUCUGCUCGCUCAAGAAGCAAUAGCGUAUCUGCAGCCAACCUUUUCCAUUUCGGCCACCACCUUUUCUCAACAGAUUCUUCCUCUUCCUCUUCAUCUCCAUCAUCAUCUUCCUCCUUUUCUUUCUCUUCUUCUUCUACACCUUCUUCCUCGCCAUCUUCACAGGCCCCAUCCCCAUCUCUUACACCAUCGCCAGGCCCGUCCCUGUCGUUAUCCAUAUCAAACCCCUUUUCCUCUUCACACUCAGUCACAAUUCAGACCCCAACUGCUCCGGUCCCGGCCAACGUCCCCGGAAACAAAAAGGCCUCCGAGUCCUCUUCUCUCUUUCAAAUUGCAGCACAAGUUAAGGAUAGACUCGAAGAUGUCCCGGGAAUUCCGCCGUUUCUUGAAAUGUGUAUAGGCAAUUUGCCUCCACAACAUCUUAUUCAACUUCAACUUCAACUUCAACAAAAACAACUACAACAACAACAACAACAACAACAACAACAACAACAGAAUCAAUCUUCUACACCAGAUAGAAACUCAGCAGCUGACCUGCCUCUAGCAACUGUAUCCACCAAUUCAAGCAUAUCAACAGCAGUACCACAACAAUCUUCUUCAGCCUCUGCAUCUUCUUCAACAACCAUCCAGCACACAAACUCUUCGCUCUCUCUCUCCUCCUCUGCUGUCAUCCCUGUUGGCAUGAAAAUCGAUCCCGUCACUCAUCUCUGGCAGUUUUUUCGUCUCGGCUCUUCCUUAUGCGCCCUCUUUAAUGCUCUCCAACCAAAAGAACCCCUCGAAGUUGCAAUUACAAGCGAUGUCAAGCGUUGCAAGCGCUCUGUUUACGACUUUCUCCAGGGCUGCAAAUCCGAACUCGAUUAUUCCGAUGAUGAUAUCUUUACAAUCUCAAACGUCUUCUCAGACAAUACAACCGACCUUCUCAAAGUUAUUCGUACGGUUAAACUCGUUUUGGAUACUUUAGAGUCUCGUAACCUCAUCACUCCGGCUAAAAACAAAAAAUCCUCAAUUUCCUCCCUCAGACCACCUCGUGAUAGACGCGACAAGGUCGUGGAGGAAAUCCUCAUGACUGAGCGCAAAUUUGUUCAGGAUUUGGAACUCCUCCAUGAGUACCAGUGUAAACUACAGGACCUCGGAGUACUCUCUGCUGACACUAUUCAUAAUCUUUUCCCAAGCCUUAAUGUUCUUAUUGACUUCCAACGCAGAUUUCUCAUUGGCAUUGAGUACCAUGCUCAUCUCCCCCCAGAAGAACAGCGAUUUGGCUCCGUCUUUUUAAACUUUCAAGAAGGCUUUGAGGUUUAUGAGGGGUUUGCACUCCACUACAAAAAGGCUUGUGACAUUGCUGCAAGCGAAUCAGCAAAACUGCAGCCUCUUAAAGAUAUUCUCGACCCCCAUUAUGAGCUUCCCUCCUUCCUUAUCAAACCUAUUCAGCGCAUUUGCAAGUAUCCCUUGCUUCUCGAACAACUCGUCAAAUACACUCCCAAGGAUUAUCCCAAUUAUCAGGAACAAGUCGAUGCUCUUGACGCUAUCCGCAGAGUGACUGCUAGUGUAAAUGAAACCAAACGUCGUGUUGAAAAUAAGGAAGUGGUUCGUGAUCUUUCCGAAAGAUUGGUUGACUGGAAGGGUCAUAACGUGGACGACUUUGGAAACCUAAUCCAUGAUGGCGUUUUCCCUGUUCUCAAGGCUGGUACUGAACGCGAAUAUCACCUUUAUCUCUUUGAAAAUAUUAUUCUUUGCUGCAAGGAAGCCUCUCCUUCUAAAAAGUCCAUGGCUCUCAGCACAAAGAAAAACAAGAUCAAGCGCUCAUCUGUUCUUAUUCUCAAAGGUCGCAUCUAUAUUGCAUACAUUACAAAUGUUUCCGCCUUUGUUUCCAACGGCUACCUUCUCCACAUUGCUUGGGGCCGUGACGAUGCGACAGACACGGGCUUUUUCGACAUUCGCUUCAAGCAUGAUGAACAGCUUGAGUUGUGGCGCAGUACCAUUGAGUCUCUUGUGGAUCACUAUAAUGACGAGAUUAAUGCUGCGGACCUCAUUCCUGUUGCCCCGCCUCAUCAACAAACUCUUUUGCACACACAGGGUUACGGUGCUCUUAUGCUUCCCAGCAAUGGUUAUUUACCCACGAGUACUCUCCAGCAAUACCAGCAGCAACAACAGCAAAAACAAAUUCAGCAACAACACCUGCUUCACCAGCAACAGCAGAUCUUCAAUGCUCAAAGCCGUCAAAACUCCUUUUCUCAAUCCUUUGGUCAUUCAGAGGUUAACGGGACUUCUUAUGAUGAUGAUGAUGACGACGACAUGUACAUUACAAACAACCAGGGCAGCAGCAGCAGCAGCAACAACAACAACAACAACAACAAUAAUAACCACAGACAAUACGAUGAAGACACUUUGGCAGCUCUUCAUCAAGGUUUAAAUACAUUGUCUUACCCUAUUGAUCAGGCUCAGCAAAACACUGCCCUUAAUACUAACCGAAGCAGUAGCCAUAGUGUGCAGCACCUCGCCGAUGACCUGGCAAACACUCAUGUUUCGUCUGAAGGCAACUUACGACAAGCGGUACGGCAGGAUUCCACCGCUUCGCUUUCGGCUCUGCACCCUGCUCACCAUUUCCAAAAUAUGCGUACCCGUGCGUGCAGCAUUCCACCCAGUCAACUCGGUGGUGGUAAUACAGCAAAUGCGGGUAAUGGCACCCCCAAAGACUUGCCAUCGGUUCUUGACAGUCCGGAAGCAAUGCUCACACCAUCACUAUCACCGCGAAUUGUUAAGACAGGUCCACCAAUGAAUGGUCGUGGUAACGGCACUACUGGUAAUAAUGGCCAUUUAUCAAUUGACGGUGGUAUGUCAGCGGCUUAUUCUUCUGGAGGAGCAGGCCCAUCGGCAGCGGCAUGUCUUCGAAAUUCUGUCCACGAUAAUACUAAUGACUAUAUGUUACGAGGAGGAGUAGACCGAACAAGUGUCGGCACAAUGCCAAGCCCUUUUGGGCCUACAGGCGAGCGGUUAAGCAUGGGAACAGCGAUUGAGCUGGGAUUGUCAGGAAACUCGCGGACGCGGGCAGGAUCAGUUUCAUCUGUGGGGCUUAUGAUGGGUGGUAACGGUAGCAGCGGAGGCGGCAGCGGAAACAGCAGCAACAGCAGCAGCAGCAGCAACAUUGAUCAGUCGUCCCCUUUAAACGGGCCAUCCAACCACAAAAACAGUAUCAGCAGCAUUGCAAGUAUGGCCAGCUCAUCGAGCACCUUGAGUACCGCCAGCAGCAGCAGUACCAGCACGAUGUUUUUACCUUCUCUUUCGGCAACAGCACCGUUGGUGGGGGGAGGUCUUCAAUUCACUGGGUCCCAAAACAAGGGCUCAGCGACAGCAACGGCAACAGUGACGGUGAGUCCGGACUCAACGAGCAACUCUGGGAGUGGCAGCAAUGGGUCGAGCAACUUGAACGGCAGCAACAAUGGCCACGCUAAUGGAGUUAAUGGGUUUGCACAGAGCCCGACUAAGCCUCAGAAGAUUACGGUGAAGCUGCACUAUUUGGAUGAUACGUUUUUGCUGAUUAUGCCGGCGGCUGUGACAUAUGCUGAGUUAUUGGAGCGCGUAGAGCGCAAGGUGCGCUUGUGUGCGAGUCAGAUGCCAAACCCUCUGAGGAUCAAGUAUAAGGAUGAGGAUGAUGAUUUUGUGACAAUGCGCAGUGAUGAGGAUAUCCAAAUGGCAAUGGAGCUAAGAAUGUGUGGCGGCGAAGGUGGCAGUGAUAUUGAUGGAGCAAGUAGGAGCAGUGCAGGGGAUUUGGAGGGCUCUUCUUCAGCAUCCAUUCCAGGGAAAUUAGGCUCGAGCCGUCAAGAUUUGAUUAUAUGGGCCGCAUGA